AUGGCUAGCCAAUGGGAAGAAUGCAAUCAAAAGAUCGGAGCGAUUGCGGAAGCUUUGACUCAAAUCACCGAGCGGAUCACCAAAGUUGAAAACAAAGUUGCUGGCUUGACUGCUUGUUUGGAAAAGUCCUGGACAUACAGGCGCGAUCAGAACCAAGUUAUAAACAAGUUUUUAUUUGCCAAGAAUGUGAUGAUGGCUGCCGAUUUUCCACGUUUCCCAGGAGGUCUUUGUCCUCCACAAGUUCGGCUUCCUAAAAUUCUUCGGACUUCCACUUCCACUUCCAAUGCUACAGGGCAGACUUCGGGCAGUCGAGGUUUACUUACUGGAUUAGUCGUUGACGCCGACGAUGGUGUCAUUCAUGUGGUUCCCGUUGUAGAUGGCUACUCAUUCCCUCAUCUUACAAAGUGUAUGAAUGUUGCUGGACGCUACAUAACAUCAUAUCUUGUUGUUUUAAUGCUUAGGAGAGGUUAUGCAAUGAAUAAGAGUGCUGAGUUCGAGACUGUUAUAGAUAUCAAAGAGAAGCCGUGA